ACGAUGACCGAAGGAUUUUGGCGCGGCGUCGACCGCGUUGAGGUGUUGCGACUCGUUUCCGGCGCGGCGGCUUAUUUCCCGGCGAGUGUGGUUAAUGCGCCGUCUAUGAGAAAGAAUCUCGUCUGGGUCGAGCACGAAUCCCUAAUGGUCGGAGGCUCCAAACGCAUGAAGGAGUACGUGCACCCCACGCGCAUCCGCCUAUCUCCGCCGCCUUUCGAAAUCAGCCGAAGCUUCGUGGCCGGAGACGAGGUCGACGUCUUCAUAGACAGCGAAGGUUUCUGGGUUAGAGGCAAAGUGACGGCGAAUUUCGGAAACUCAAAGUACAUUGUUAGGGUUAAAGGCGGAGAUGGUACGGAGACGGAGGCUAAUCGCUUAAACCUGAGGCUACAUCAGUGGAUCAAUGGACAAUGGACUAGUCCUAACAAGGAAGAUCCUCCACUAAAGAAGCGGAAACCUUGUGAGAGAGCAGAGAAAGUGUUUAACAAACAAUGGAGUAGUAGUAGUCUUUACAAGGAAGAUCCUCCAUUAAAGAAGCUAAAACGUUGUGAAAUAGAAGAGAAAGUGUUUAGCAAUGGAACGAUGGUUGAAGUUAGAAGCGAUGAGCAAGGCUACGAAGGCUCAUGGUACACUGCGAAGAUCAUAAGCUACUUGGGGGAAAACAGAUACAGAGUUGAGUAUCAAACGCUUACAACAGAGGAUCUUAAAGAGUUGUUGAAAGAAGAAGCAAGAGGUUCGGACAUAAGACCUAAUCCUCCUCAAAGUGCUUGUGAUCGAUAUGAGCUGAAGCAACCUGUGGAUGCUUGGUAUAACGAUGGAUGGUGGUCUGGUCGAGUCUAUAAGAUAAACAGCGACUACACAAGAUAUGUUGUCUACUUCGAAACGACUGAUGAGAGAUUUGUGUUUGGUUACAACGACGUAAGGCCUUGCCAUGUCUGA